GACCUUGUGUUUGCUAUUCUUCUGACCAACUAUCGCGUCGUGUGUAUCGUUAGUAUGAAGAAGCACUUUCUUCACCCAAUGGACAUUCACUUAAUCACAAAUCUCGUGCGGUGCUCCCAAUCUUUCAGAAACGCUCCUACCAAUUGGUUGCCAAUUUGCUUGCCGAAAUUCAACUCCAACGGUUACCUGUACGCUAAUCUCUCGUAUCUCGAUAACCACUCCUGCUUGGUUCUGCUAACUGUUGAUGGCAAUCAGUUCUAUGCGCUUCAAACCUCUAGGGACCUGAUCUUAUCGCGCCUAGAAUCUGCACUGCAGGGUGAAUGCCUGCAGCGCUUGGCCUCGGCAACCUGGCCGGACGUUGCAUCACUUGGUUUCGGUGGUGGCCUGCGUCACUUUGUCUGUAAGCUGAUUCCGGCGGCCCAAUACACAACAUGCAAAUGGACCGCGCCCUACAAUUUUGCAUCUGCUUCUGCCGCUGUUUCGUCUCUACCAGAGGACGGCAUUGCUGUUGUCAAGCAAAGGCAGGCUGCUGUUCUUCGCACAUAUCGCGGACUCCACGCGAAGCUGCACUGUCGACUCCAUCCGAUCAGUAGCGUGUUCCAGUCCUCCGACACGGAAGCCUACCUGGCGUCGAAAACAAGCGACUACGAAGUCUACAUGACGCUGGAACCACUGAUAAGCAAGCACGAGGCAUUUGACAUAGUAAAACGACUCACGAAGUGGAUUACAGCUAACAAACAACGUCUCUUCAUCCUGUCUUCGCCUACAUUUUAG